UUGGAAAGAACCUCCCGCACGGCCAUCUGCCCGGGUUCUUUCGACCCUCUGACCCUGGGGCACGUGGACAUCAUCCGGCGGGCCGCCCGGCAGUUCGACCGGGUCAUUGUCGCGGUGCUCCACAACACCGGGAAGGCGCCGCUUUUCACGGUUCCGGAGCGGCUCGAGUUCAUUAGCGCGACCUUUGCGGACGAUCCCGGGGUGGAAGCGGACGCCUUUUCGGGGCUGCUCGUGGCCUAUGCCCGCCGUCGCGGCGCGACCGCCAUCGUGCGCGGGAUCCGGGCCGUUUCCGAUUUCGAGUACGAGUUCCAGAUGGCGCUCAUGAACCGCCGGCUGGCGCCGGAAGUCGAGACGGUCUUCCUGACUCCGGCGGAGGAGUAUUCCUACGUCAGUUCGAGGCUGAUCAAGGAGAUCACGGCGCUCUCCGGCGAUGUCAGCGGUCUCGUUCCGGAGGCGGUGGCGGGCCGUCUUGUCGAAAAGUUCGCUUCCUCCUCCGAAUCUAUCGAAACCGGGUGA